CGGGCAACAAACGUGUGCAUUCUUCUCACUCAUCGCAAGAGGCCGUGCUGCUACUCUCCGAGUCUGUAAGAUAGCCAGUAGCCUUUCACGUCGACUUUUAGAGACCAACGAGGCACUCCCGGACGAUUCGUUGCCGAGCCCGAAUUCAAUAAAGCUGCCACAUCAAUACACAACACCCGCCUCGCCGUUGUAACCAAGCAACGCACCCUACCCGACCACGAUGGAUCUCAACAACUUGAAGGACCAAGUGAGCAAUCUGACGCUCUACGACCUCAAGGCGGGGUUCCGCAAAGCUCAGAAUGCCGUCAUGAACUACACCGAGAUGGAGGCCAAGGUGCGCGAGGCAACCAACAAUGAGCCAUGGGGUGCAUCCUCGAGUUCGCUGCAGGAGAUCGCCAAUGCCACCUUCAAUUAUCAAUUGCUGAACGAGAUCAUGCCCAUGAUUUACAAGCGCUUCACAGAGAAGUCGUCGGAAGAAUGGAGGCAGAUCUACAAGGCCCUCCAACUCCUCGAGUUUCUCAUCAAGAAUGGCUCAGAGCGAGUCAUCGACGAUGCGCGCUCCCACGUCUCACUGCUCAAGAUGCUCAGGCAAUUCCACUUCAUCGACCAGAACGGCAAGGAUCAGGGUAUCAAUGUGCGCAACAGGGCCAAGGAACUCGCCGAACUUCUUGCUGACGUCGAUCGCAUUCGAACCGAGCGCAAAAAGGCACGAGCGAACCGCAACAAGUUUGGCGGGGUCGAGGGUGGAGCGGGCAUGGGCGGCUUCUCUGGCAGUGGAGGCUUCUCAGGGGGUAGCGGGGGCGGCAGCGGCAGUAGAUACGGCGGCUUUGGUAGCGAGUCAACAGACUUUGGUGGCUACAGCGGAGGUGUAUAUGGCGAUGGAGGCGGCUUUGGGGGCCAAGAAGCCGGGUUUGCAGACACACAACAGCGACGCGAUCGCUUUGACGAAUACGACGAGUACGACGAGGGCGCAGUUUCAAGCAGUGCACCACCACGGCGGAAAGAGAACACAACGGGCCACCCCAGGAGAGAGGCGAAGAAGGAGGAGCCCAAGGCAAAGGCACCUGAGCCUGUGGCCGAUCUGCUUGCGUGGGAUGACGAGCCUGCACCAGCUUUCACCUCUGCCGGCAAGCAACCCGCGGCCGCAGCAGGAAACAACUUUGGGGACGACGACGAUGACUUUGACGACUUCCAGUCUGCAGCCCCGGCACCCCCCGCAGCGAAACCAACCGGUGCAGCGUUCAACAUUGCGCCACCAGCGUCCACGUCUACCAUCACUUCUUCGACGCAAUUCGCCGCACCACAGGCACAAUCUGCCGCGCAAAACAACAACCUCAAGGACUUGUUUGCUACGGUCUCGCCGGCGCCCGCCUCAGAUCGCUUCGCUCCGCCUUCCCUUUCUACUCCAGCAGCGACUUCGAGCUUUACGCAAGCACCCAAGCCAAGUGGAUACCAAGCUUCGGGGCCAAAUUACUUCACGUCUGUCAGCCAAGGCGCACCCAAGUCUGCUGCCUCUACGCCCUCAGUCAUGUCUCCAGGUGCUAAGAUUGGCGGCGCGGCACCCAAGAAGGCGGGUGGUGAUGCCUUUGCGUCUUUGCUCGGUUCAGCGCCUAGGAAGACAUCGACGCCGACGCAGAAGGUUACCAUGGGCGACUUGGCGAAGCAGAAGACUAGUCAAGGUCUCUGGGGCGCUCCCACAUCGAGCUCUAGCACACCUGCAGCUCAAACACCACAGUCAGGGUCCAAGCCUGGUGGUGCUCUGGGCGAUUUGCUCGGUUAGAUGGUGGCGACACAGUGCGUCCCUUAGUGUCUUUGUAGGUCUGGAGUUGAGCAACAAAAUAUGGCGUAUUACAAGGCUACAGCUGAAGGCUGGGGGAGUGGGAGAGUAAAUGACAGCUUGACAGCUCCAAAUUCUGAACACAUUCGUGAGCCGUCGAGCACCUCCUUGCCGUGCGAUUGGUUGCAACUGAUCCCUGUCAUGCCCCUAAUCUCCGCGUCCUGUGCCGCCCUCCACGCUUGCAUGUCCUCUCGACGCGCUCAACAUGUGAAUAUUCUCAUUUUCCCUCGCUUUGCCUGUUUAACAC